AUGCCUUCAUCUUCUUGGCAAUGGAAAGUGUUCUUCCGAAGAACAUAUGACUAUGCUUCCCCAGAGUACAUUGUCACAGUGGCUGAAAUGAGAAAGAUAUCAACCAUGAUGGUUAUAAAAGUUUUGGUCUACAACAUGCAUCAGGGAAAAAGAGAUGUAGAAAUUGUAUUAACAAUGGGGAUCAUGCAAGAUGCGUUUGCCCGGAACAGAUUGUCCAGGGAAGUCGUUCAUGAAGAAACUGGCGAUGUGCUAAAAGUUCCAUUUCGAUGCAUUCACUUGUCUGGUGAUGUAUCUCACUUUGAUAACUAUGAUACUAGUGUUCCUCAAAAUAUAAGUCUAAGGAUAGGACCUUUUUGA